AUGCCACAUCCUCCAAUUCUCCGUGGUAUUCAACAAGUUAUUACUGCUCUACGAAACGUUGGUCACACUGUUGUCGAAUGGCAACCAUACAAACAUAAAGAUGCAGUUGAUUUAUUGAACAAAAUCUUUGCUGCUGAUAAAGGAGCAGCUAUAAGGCGCGCUAUCGAAUUAAGUGGGGAACCAAUUAUUCCAAAUAUUAAAAAAGCAAUUGAAUCAAAUUUGCCAGCAAUCGAUCUUGAAUCACUAUGGAAAAUGCACAGUGAUAAGUACAAGUAUCAAAAAGAGUAUUUGGCUCUUUGGCGGCAGCAGUCCCACGUCGACGCAUGGAUUUUGCCUGUAGCUCCACAUGCUGCUGUUAAACAUGAUGAUUUCAAAUAUUAUGGUUAUACUACAGUGAUUAAUCUACUUGAUUGGCCAGCGGUGACUAUACCUGUGACAUUUGCUGACAAAGAAAAAGAUAUCAUGAACAUGCAAUAUAAAAGUAUGAAUGAUUUUGAUGCGAAGAUACAUGAAGAUUAUGAUCCUGAUAUUUAUGAUGGAGCACCUGUAGGAAUUCAAUUAGUAGGCAAACGACUUCAAGAAGAAUAUUUACUUGGUUUAGCUGAACAGAUUGGUAAAGCCUUAGUGGCCUAG